CUGAAAGUUACUUACAUUGUCCCGCCCACUCUUACUGAAGCCGUCACCAAUCCGAGUAGCGGGCAGCUCGAAUAUUUAUACUGAGGCAGAGCGGGGCUCAUUCACGUGAGCCUUCUUUUGAAACUUUUUCAAUCUGUCAACAAGUCACAGCGUUUGGUUAUUAACAAGUACUAACAUAUAUAAAACGUUUAUCUUUUAAUUUCAAAUAGUAGCUGCAAAUUACAAAAAAGACCGACAUGAGGAUUGCUUUCUCCGUGAAUUUUCUGAUACUGUGUGACAUAAUCGGACAUUAUGCUACAAACGGGGGGCUCUGCUGGCUGCAGCAGGGAAGUGAGCCGCGCUGCUCUAUGGUGCUGAUGCGACAGGUCAGCUUCGAAGAGUGCUGUGGCGGGAGCAGUCUGGACAAAGCCUGGUCCAACAGUAGCGCUUCCAUUAAUGAGGUCAGCCUGCUUGGAUUGCUGGGUAUGGUCCCCUGCAGGCCAUGCAAAGAGACGUGCGAGGGGGUGAACUGCGGCCCGGCGAAGGUGUGCCAGAUGAAGGGCGGCCGGCCCCACUGCGCGUGCUCACCGGACUGUACCAACAUGACUCGGGGGGAGCCUGUGUGCGGCAGCGACAGCAGCACCUACCGGGACGAGUGCGCCCUGCUGCUGUCCCGGUGCCAGGGUCAGCCGGAUCUGGAGGUCAUGUACCGGGGCGAGUGUAAGAAAAACUGCUCCAAGGUUGUGUGCCCAGGCACGCACACCUGUGUCACAGACCAGACAGAGAGUGCCCACUGUGUCAUGUGCCGCACUGCCCUCUGCCCAUUGCCCCUGAUCACAGAGCGGUCCAUCUGUGGCAACAACAACAUCACCUAUGCCAGCGCCUGCCACCUGCGCCGGGCCACCUGCUUCCGUGGGCGCUCCAUUGGCGUCCGGCAUUAUGGCCCAUGUUCGGGUAUCCCUCUUAAACGUGCUGUGGAAAAUGCCCUGUAGCCCUGCUUGUUCAGCUUCUCUGGAUUCCCUGCGAUUGGCGUAGUACAGACUGCCUGGAUAUUUUCCUGUUCCUACAAACAAAGAAACCACUCCUUGUUCAGCGACUACCUCAGUUUGUGACCAGUUUAUGACGGUAAUCAAAGAUUCAUUUUCCGACCAACGCGCACAUUUUCGACCAAAUUUCCUAUGCCUGACAAUUAUGAAUGCUGGGGUCAGGAGGUCUUUGACAUAGAAUGUUCUGAAUGUGGAAAGGAUGAAACUAAUUGAGAACAAAAGGCUGCAGUAAUGUUUUAAGCAUGACCGCAAUCACACCUAAGUUACCAUGAUUUUCACUUAGUGACUAUUUCGCUUAAAGACUUGGGCAUUGGAAAGGAAUUCGGUCACUAAACCAGGAGUGGUUAUAUAAACCAAACACAUACUUCUCUUCAGAACAAUAAGAUCUCGGUUACACUUUAUUUGACAGUGAAUAAAUAUUUAGUAAUAACUCGGUUACUACUGAAGUACAAACCAUAAAUAUAGCAGCUACUUGAGAUAAAAGAUGUCAAUUCAUUAAUGUUGAACAAACAUGAGAUCAGUAUGUCACUUGUGUUAUUCAUUACUUGUUUCUUUAGGGUUUACAGAAUUAACAGGUAUAGUAACAAAUACAGUAACUACUUCAGAUAAAACAUGCGUCACGAUUCAUUAAUGAUGAAUUAACAUGAGGUCAGUAUGUAACUUCAUUUCUGGUUAAUUAAUACACAAUUAAUAGUAUAAUACUAUAUUAUUUGUGCCCUGUCAAGUAAAGUGUUACCAAAAUCUUUACUUGAUUGUCCUAGUAAAAAAGGGGGUGUGGAAGUUUCAUAUUUCCAAAGCUAUCUUUCAAAAUUAUGAGAUUAUUGAAGAGUAAACACAUAAAUGAUGGUAAAUAUGUAACCUGUAAAUAAAAUAUCUCCUAUUUUUAUAGAACACAAGGUUACCAAUCAUGGACCACUAAUUUUUAAUGUAUACUGUAAAUGUGUGAGAUGUUUUUUGUAUGUUACUAUAUUAAAAUUACAAAACUAUUUCUUAGGUACUUGAAUCUAAUUGCGUUCAUCUAUUAUGCAUGAACAAAAUUUAAAUCAUGGUUCAUGUUGAGAAUAUUCUUAGAUAAUCAUUCGGUUAUGUACGUAUCAUAUACAGAUCCUACUUUUCGACUGUUGUGCAGUAACAUUUGAGAGAUCAACAGGCUCUGUGGGUGGGUGGAUGUUUUUCGUGGACUGGAAUUGAACUUUGAUCCAUCUGCAGUCAACCAGUUACAAACUUCAUUUGCCAACAUGCUAUUAUUUUGCCUGUGAAGUCAACUCUGGAUAACUAAACACUCAGUGGACUGUUACUUUAACACAAAGGAUUGGACACAUAAAAAUGUGUCCAGAGAUGUUUUGUAUUGCAGAUUUAUUUUCAUUAUAAUUCAUAAAAUUACAACAAUAUCUGAUUGUGUUUUCAUCUGUUGUAAAUCUGCUUGUUCUGUAAAUUUGCUUGUUAAUAGAGGUAUAUUGUAUUGUGACAGACAAGGUAAUUAUUUUUAUAUUGCCCUUUAAAUACACAUUACAACGAA